AUGUAUAGUAUUAAAUCUGUUAAACAAAAUGAAAUUGAGCAAUUGUCUGUUCUUAACAAAUUCAUUGACAAUGUAAUAAAUAUUGAUAUUGAUGACCAUGUUAUACCAGAUCAAUGUGAGCAAUUAUGGGUUUUAAAUGACCAAAUAUAUAAUGCAUUUCAAGAUCUAGACCCAAAUAGUUAUUCUCUUUUUGAAUAUACAAUGCAAAAUACUUCAAAAGAAUAUACUAAUAUGGAAAAUUGUUAUUAA